GUGUCAAAUCUUCACGUCCGGACAAAUUCCGGCCAAAAUAUGCUGCGAAUCUUCCUUCUUUACUUGGUAUUAAUAAAACUCACCUAAUUUCGUUCAUAAACAAAUACAAAGAACAAUGGCAGCCACUAGAUUUGUGCAGCGAGUUCGGCCGGCCGCCGCUGUGUCCGCCUCUUCCUCUUCUUCGUCUCCAUCGUCGAUGACGAACGUGAGGGUUUUGGGAAAAACAGGGUUAAAUUUGAACAAUGGCGAACGGUUAAUUACUUCUGGAGGGGACGAGAGGAGGCAGUUAGUCACCGUGAAGGCGGCGGCAGCGACGGCGGCUCCCAAAACUGUGGAAACUAAAACCGGAGAAUUGGAUUUGGGUUCUUUAGUGGCGAAUCUCCUCAUUCAAUUGAAGAAUACCUUGGGGAAGACGAAGAUUAAGAAGGGAGAGAUUCAGAAGUUCAUCGAAAAGAUAAUAAUCGACUGUCGGUUCUUCACAUUGUUAGCCGUCUCCGGAUCUUUAAUGGGUUCGAUACUCUGUUAUAUUGAGGGGAGUUUCAUUGUUGUGGAGUCAUAUCUGCAGUAUUUCCACGGUCUUUCACAGAGAACGGACCAAACUCACACAGUGGAGCUUCUAAUCGAGGCCUUAGAUAUGUUCCUCGUCGGAACAGCUCUGAUUGUUUUUGGGAUCGGAUUGUUUGCAAUGUUCGUGGGAUCGGAGAAGAUGAAGGAUAAAAACCAGAAAUGGAGUUCUAGGUCGAAUUUGUUCGGUUUGUUCUACAUGAAGAAAAUUCCGACGUGGGUAGAAAUGGAAUCAAUGUCAGCUGCGAAAUCGAAGAUUGGACAUGCGGUGAUGAUGAUACUGCAAGUGGGUGUGUUAGAAAAGUUCAAGAAUAUACCAUUGAGCUCUGCCGUCGAUCUGGCAUGUUUCGCAGCCGCCGUACUGAUUUCCUCCGCCUCCAUCUUCUUCCUCUCUAAACUCAACGUGGGAGGAGGCGGCAGCAGCGGUUUCAAGUGAACCAUGCGCGGUGCUUCCUUGUUCAUUGACAUCCACAAAUUUAUGUAAACUUUUGGAAGUUUAGACUUUUUGGGAGAGAGAUAUUACCAAAAUUCUUUUACUUACUAAUUUAAUCUUCUUCUUCUUUUUGUUUCCAAAAUGGUAACAUAUACCAAUUUGUAUAACACAAUUGAUUGUACUAUAUUCAAUUUUUACGUAUUUAAUAGUUAAAGUUACUAUUUUUUCAUGAUA